GAAGCUCUAUGCAGAACUGUGCCAGGGUAUCGUCGACAUAGCCAUAUCCAGUGUCUUCCCACCCCCGGAUAUGGAGCAGCAGCCACAGCCUGCUGCGUUCAUCAAGCUGUGACAUACAGAGUUGCACAGAGCUGCCUUGGGAAACACACGAGGUCCUGCUCCAGGGGAAGGUGAAAAGAUUGGACUGCUCCUUAUCCAGGCACAACAGGGAAAGAGAGGCACCUCCAACAGAUGAGACUGAAGAGAGUGCAAGAAGAAAAGGUGACUGCCGAAAAGCUGGUGGAGCUCUCAAUGUGCUGCUGAAACUCUACAAAACUCUAGCAAAUGUCUCUGAGGGGAGAGCAGAAUAUUCUGAGAAUAUUUUGAGGGGACAAAAGCAGGGAUUUGGUUAUCAUGUGUUCUCAUCCUUUGAAAGAGUCUUUUGACCCUUAGGUAACACUGGAGUAAAAGCCCUCCUCCCUGGAGAUAGGGUGGCAGGCCAGGGACUUCUGCUUGGUGUCUUUCCACCUGCUGCAGCCUUAGUGCCUUAGCUCUGUGCCCAGCUGCAGCCCUGCUGUUCUGGGACAUGGACAGAACAUUAAAACAUAUUGAAGGUUGCCCAUGUAUUUCCCCUCCACAACACUCUGCUCUGCACCCUUCCCCCACAAGCCCUGGAUAAGCAUGCACCAGUAGUCCUUAGUUUUGAGAGGUGCACCAGCCUCUCUGCAAAGGCCAUUUUCCUUGCCACCUUGUUGGUGGCAUGUGGUUGAGCACCUGUCAGGGGUCCUGUGGACUGGACAUCAAACAGCAUAUGCUGCUGUCUGCAUGUUUUAGAAACAAAGCAGCAAGUCUAAUGAAUCUGUGACCAUCAAAUAAGCAUGAGAGAGAGGAAAAAAGGUAACUUGCUUUACUUAAUAGGUUUGGGUGGGGUGUCUUUGAAAUACGAUGUUUCUCAAUUCACAUUGUUUUAAUCAGAAUUUAAAUGCAGUUUUGCAAAUUUCCCUUUCCUGUACCCCCCCCCCACCGCAUACACACUACCACUUUUGAACCUUUGUAAAAACCUCUCAGGGGUCAGGGAAGGUAGAAUUCCAUUCCCCCUCUCCAUCUCCAGGUAGCCCUGGCCAGACACAGGUAGGUGGCUUUCCCCUUUGCUGUUCUCCUUGUACUCCAAGACCUUCUGCAGGAGCUGGAGAU